AGGCGAAAACGUGGAAGAAAAACGUUAUGAAAAAAAUAAUUAACCUGAAAACGUUUUUGGGGCGAACAGCGAGCGUCUACGAGCCUAUUAGUAUUAUGGUCUGGCUGGCGGCCAUACCGGAUUCUCAAAAGUUUCCAAUUAAAUACUCAUAUCUACACAACCGCACACCCGGAAGCCCCCCUUAAUAGAUAUCCUCUGCGAUGUCUUUUGGUCGCAAGCGCCCAGACCUCAGUGGCAUGACCUCAAUCUGCCUCAACAACCUGGCCUAUGGCAUGACCCGAGAGGACCUGAAGAGGGUAUUUGAGAAGUUCGGUGAGAUCGGAGACGUCUACAUACCCAAUGGAUCCCGGGGUUUUGGCUUCGUAAGGUACUACAACGCUUGCGAUGCCGAGGAUGCAGUCGAGGCGAUGGAUGGACGGACUCUGAACGGCCGUGAGAUUGAGGUUGAGAUGGCAAACCUCAAGAGUUAACCAGCAUCUUCACUCUCUCAUCCCUGUACUGUCCCAAUCCCUUAUGCAAGAGUUAACCAGCAUCUUCACUCUUUCAUCCCUGUACUGUCCCAAUCCCUUAUGCAAGAGUUAACCAG